UUUUUUCUCCCUAGUGUAUAUACCCUCAGGCCUCGAACGCUUGUGUCCUCCCGCACAAUAAAAGGCUCCAGUGUACCAUCCUCCGACCUUAGCGAAGGAGAUUUCUAGAACAGCCAAGCCACCUCUUCCUCUUCUCUUGGCCUUUGUUGGUUUGAAGGCAUAAUUUUGUAACAACUACAUCAAUUUUAUCUCAUAAAUCGGUAAAAUUUUGUAAAAAAUGAGUGUGGUUGGAUUUGAUUUUGGCAAUGAGAGCUGCAUUGUGGCUGUUGCAAGGCAAAGAGGGAUUGAUGUUGUGCUUAAUGAUGAAUCCAAGCGUGAAACUCCUGCUAUUGUGUGCUUCGGUGACAAACAGCGAUUCAUUGGGACUGCAGGAGCUGCCUCAACUAUGAUGAACCCCAAAAACUCUAUAUCUCAGAUUAAACGGCUAAUAGGCCGUCAAUUCUCUGACCCUGAGUUGCAAAAGGAUCUCAAGUCAUUACCCUAUGCUGUAAGUGAAGGUCCUGAUGGAUUCCCUUUGAUUCAUGCACGGUAUUUGGGUGAAAUGAGGACAUUCACACCAACACAAGUUUUGGGAAUGGUGUUGUCAAAUUUGAAAAGCAUUGCUGAGCAGAAUCUAAAUGCAGCAGUGGUGGAUUGUUGCAUUGGAAUUCCAGCUUAUUUCACAGACCUUCAAAGAAGAGCUUUUUUGAAUGCAGCCACAAUUGCAGGAUUGCAUCCUCUUCGUUUAAUUCAUGAGACCACAGCUACAGCAUUGGCAUAUGGUAUCUAUAAGACUGACUUGCCUGAGAAUGACCAACUGAAUGUGGCUUUUGUUGACAUUGGACACGCAAGCAUGCAAGUGUGCAUUGCUGGAUUCAAAAAAGGCCAACUCAAGAUUUUGUCUCAUUCUUUUGAUCAAUCUCUGGGUGGUAGAGAUUUUGAUGAGGUUCUGUUUCAUUAUUUCGCUGCUAAGUUCAAGGAAGAUUAUAAGAUUGAUGUUUUCCAGAAUGCUAGGGCUUGUCUUAGGCUGAGGGCUGCUUGUGAGAAGCUGAAGAAGGUUCUUAGUGCCAACCCUGAGGCACCUCUGAAUAUUGAAUGCUUAAUGGAUGAGAAGGAUGUCAGAGGCUUCAUUAGGAGAGAUGAGUUUGAACAAAUUAGCAUUCCAAUUUUGGAACGUGUUAAAAGGCCUUUGGAGAAGGCACUUCAAGAGGCUAAGCUGACGGUUGAUCAUGUUCAUAUGGUUGAGGUGGUUGGUUCUGGCUCGCGUGUACCUGCUAUAAUCAAGAUCUUGACCGAGUUCUUUGGAAAAGAGCCUAGGCGUACCAUGAAUGCCAGUGAAUGUGUUGCCAGGGGUUGUGCUUUGCAGUGUGCUAUUCUCAGUCCCACUUUCAAAGUGAGAGAGUUCCAGGUCAAUGAGAGCUUUCCAUUUUCAGUUGCUUUAUCAUGGAAAGGUGCUGCUCCAGAUUCUCAAAAUGGAGCAGCAGAUAAUCAGCAAAGCACUAUUGUCUUCCCCAAGGGCAAUCCCAUAUCCAGUAUGAAGGCUUUGACAUUCUACAGGUCGGGGACAUUCACUGUUGACGUACAAUAUACUGAUGUGAGUGACUUGCAGGUGCCCGCUAAAAUUAGUACAUAUACGAUUGGUCCUUUCCAGUGUUCGACAAGUGAGAGAGCAAAAGUGAAGGUGAAAGUUCGCCUAAAUCUGCAUGGAAUUGUAUCUGUUGAGUCCGCAACGCUUUUGGAGGAAGAAGAGGUUGAAGUCCCUGUCACAAAAGAGCCAGCAAAGGAAGCUACAAAGAUGGACACUGAUGAAGCUCCUAGUGAUGCUGCUCCUCCCAGUUCGAAUGAGGCUGAUGUCAAUAUGCAAGAUGCUAAAGGAACUGCUGAUGCUUUUGGGGUUGAGAAUGGUGUUUCUGAAUCCGGGGACAAGCCCACACAAGUGGAAACUGAAACCAAGGUUGAGGCUCCAAAGAAGAAAGUAAAGAAGACAAAUAUACCUAUUGUGGAGCUAGUUUAUGGUGGAAUGCUCCCAGCAGAUGUGCAGAAAGCAUUAGAAAAGGAGUUUGAAAUGGCAUUGCAAGAUCGGGUGAUGGAAGAAACCAAAGAUAGGAAAAAUGCUGUUGAAGCUUAUGUCUAUGAUAUGAGGAACAAGCUUAGUGACAAAUAUCAUGAGUUUGUCACCGACCCAGAGAGGGAAGGAUUCACAACAAAGCUGCAGGAGGUAGAAGAUUGGUUGUAUGAAGAUGGUGAGGAUGAAACCAAAGGCGUUUACAUUGCCAAGCUUGAAGAGCUCAAAAAGCAAGGUGAUCCAAUUGAACAGCGCUACAAAGAGUACACAGAGAGGGGAUCUGUAAUUGAUCAACUUGCUUAUUGUAUUAAUAGUUAUAGAGAGGCAGCAAUGUCCAGUGAUCCUAAAUUUGAUCACAUUGACGUGACUGAGAAGCAGAAGGUAUUGAAUGAGUGUGUAGAAGCAGAAGCCUGGUUAAGAGAGAAAAAGCAACAGCAGGACUCGCUUCCUAAAUAUGCCACUCCAGUUCUCUUGUCAGCUGAUGUGAGAAAGAAGGCAGAAGCACUUGACAGGUUCUGUAGGCCAAUAAUGACGAAACCAAAACCAGCUAAACCAGCUACUCCCGAGGCACCAGUAACACCUUCGCCACAGGGAACUGAACAACCACAGAGUGGAGAUGCCAACGCUGGUGCGAAUGAGGAAUCUGGAGCUGGCAGUGGCAAGGUUCCACCAGAAUCUGGAGAACCAAUGGAAACUGAGAAGCCUGACAGCACAGCUGCAUAAUUUAGCAGAAGGGGCCUUCAUGGUGGGAAAAUAUUUGGUUGGGUAAUGUAUUGGAACUAUUUGAGCUGGAGACGAACUCUUUGAUUUGGCUGACAUGGAGGAGGCAUGUGGGAUGUUUGAUGGCUUCCAUUUUAUCUUUGUAAAGCCUUGGAAUGGUCUGCCAGAAUUUAUUAUUUAUCAUUUGAGUCUCUAGAGUCCGGUUUUCUAAAAGAAGGGUUUUGAAGAGAAAAGUUAAAGGCCGUCUUUUACAGUACUGCCCGAGUUCUGGUGUCGUGGGUAGAGAUUUCACUCUUUCAAGGAUUCGAGUGUUCACUAUUUUUUUUUCUUUUAAAUGUUUAGGGUAUGUCUUGACUUACACAAGUCCUUCUGAGUCUUGCUUUUUUUUUUUAGCUGCUUUAAUUAUAAAUCGAAAGUCUUUUGUUUUC